GUGCGUUGUUUUGCAAAGCUUUUGUGCUUUGGUUAGUUGUUGUUCGUGAUAACAGUAUGAAACUUUCCUAAUAAAAAGGAUACUGUUUUGACUCAACCUCAGGUUAUCAUUUAUCUCGCGAGAGUCCAACCUGCUGCACCUGCUGCCAAUCCACUCCGCGUUCGAAGGGAAAUCUGCAGACGCAAUGCUGUCUCAACCAAAACGAGUCCAGCAAGCAACGGCGAUAGAUGGUUCACCUCUUUAUAAUGAACCGAAGAAACUGACGCUGAUGUCGCUGCCAGAUCUGCCCCUGCUGCGAGUGCUCUCCUUCCUACCGAUGACGGACCUGGCCGCCGCGGGAAUGGCGAGCUGCCGUCUGGGCGAGCUAGCCAGAGCGCACUGGUCCCUGUGGCGGGGGAAGAAGCUCGCCGAAGACGAACACGUACGCGGCGCCGGAGGUCUCUGGGACCUGCUGCGGGUCGCACCUCCUGUGGACAAGUUGUGUUGUGUUGACACAUUUGCUGACACGUCUAUAGAGUUACGCUGCUUUAAUUGCUAUGAGAGUGACCGUUCGGCGGCAGUCGUCUCCUGCUUGGCCGUCGAAACCAGCGUGAACACAUUCUUAGCCUGCCUCGUACGGGAGUUUGCCCCCCGGUUGAAACAUCUUUCUUACUGCGGAAGUGAUGUCAACAUGAUCUACUUCAACUUGCAGUACACCAGACGCAUAGAGAUUUUGCGCUUAAAUUUUGGUAGCGUAAACGGCGGAAGAGCUCAUUGGCCGCAGGAUGUGGUGUUGCCGAGACUGCACACCGUACUGAUUGGUGAAUUGGACCAGAACGAGAGCUGCGACUUCGAGCCCUCGAUCGAUGCUCUCCGUUUGCUGUUGCAGGCACACAGAGGACGGCUGCGGUCCGUGUCGGUGGGCGACCGAGAACUGGUCCCGCUGUUGGACGCGUUGGACGCACGCCCCGUCAACAGCAACCCCCUCCAGUGUCUGAAGGUGGUGACAGGCAAAGGCGCGGCUGCGGGGCUGCGGCCGUUCCAACCGCUUCUAAAGCACCUUAUUAUUCAAUGGAGCAAACGCCCUGCAGAGAUGGCCAAACUGUUGAAAUCCUGGUCAGGCCCACUCGAGCGCCUUGAUCUCGACAGUCCUACCCCAAAGAUGCUGCGUAUCCUCGGGGAGGGCAGGCUUGCCGUCCUCCGGCACCUGGUUCUGACGGACAUCUCCUCCAAGACUGACCUGCAGUGGACGCUCGCAGGCCUGCCCGGGCUGCACUCGCUCGUCCUUCACUAUUGCCAUGGCGAAAAGUCACUUGAAAUACUCUGUGGCAUGGCUCCCACCAUCAUCCCCGCCCUUGAGCUACUCAUUUUUAAUAUCUUCAAAGAAGAAGGGUGUUCUACAUUUAAAGAAGACUGUCCGAGAGUGGCGAAGCUGGCCCCAGCGGUCAAGACCCUGGUGCGACGAGCGCCCCUGUCGCUGCACUGUGUCAUGCUACCGCACUGCGGCUGCGGCGACUGGCCUGAGCAGAAUGAGCGCAAUGAACGCUGUUGCACCAUUUUCUACCGACACUCCACCGCGGCCGAGGCUGAAUGUCCGCUGUGCGCCGAGGCUGUUUCCGCCAUCCGCUCCCUAUUUUACUUCCGCGAAAUCCAGGCCACCAAAAUGACACGUAUUCAGGUUUGAUUAGCAUGAAACUUAAAUUGAAUUUUUAUUUCAAAGAGCAGGACUCUUUUAGCGCUCAUCAGCAGUUGUUAGCCUACUUCACUAUAAGCACCUAAAACUAUAAAAGUGCAGUGCUGAGCUACCACUGUUGCUGUUUCCUAUGACACCUCGUGCC